CGUAGGAUAAACUGACUGAAGCAGUGGAGCGCAGUAAGGACGAGCAAGGGGAUCGGGAGGAGACGUUACGGAACACUCGGAUCAGGCAUGUCGAAGAAGUUUUACGAUGUCACGCCGGAGCAACGCGAAAUCGCGUUGUGGAGGGACGCGAAGCGGAGGCAAUUGCGCGAAUUGUACCUAAAGGAGGCAGGACACCCGACCAAGAACCUCCUUUUUGAUACAGGAAUAUACAGAUUUGCCGCUGCGAAAACAUCGAUAGGCGAACACUUUGUACCCACGGUGGUGGGAUACCUCACGAAAGUUGGGUUCAUCGCAAGUUUGGUGGUCAUAACUGCAUUGACUCUAAAACGUAGAAGGGAAGAACGAGAACACUUGUAUCGUACUGGGCAAAUCGAUUAUGCGAGCAGAAAGCAUAGAUUCUGUUAGAUAAUUAUUUUAACAAAGUACACAGCAGUCGAUGUACCUAACUUAAAUACUACUAGAUUGUACAGAAAUAAACUUACAACAAGCGAUACACUUAAAAUCUGAAAA